AGGGAACAAAUUGAACUAAAGAAGAAGCUUGUGACAGAUGACUGCAUUAACUGGGGAGUUUCAAGUGAUGAGCCUUUCAGUGAAUUGAAUCUGAUUGCUGGAGUGGAUAUUUCUUUUCCUAAGGGAGAUGCUGAUCAUGCUUGUGCGUGCUUAAUUGUGCUUAGUUUUCCUGACUUAAAGGUACAGUAGUGUAUCCUAGAAGUUCUUUCAUUACCUGAUUCUCAAUGAAUUUUUACAAAUUUUUAAACCUGCCCAAGUAAAAGAGAGUCAAGUUUUUGGCUGGAAAAUAUAGUGCAGUUCAGGCAGAGUUGGAUACCCUAGAUUACCUAGGAGCUGAUCCUACAAUGACAUGAGUGGCACUGUUCCCAUAUCCCAGUGAGAUGCUCGGCAAGAUCCCAUGCUGAAAGAAUCUUGCCUAUUCCCCCGUGCAGUGAUAAAAUAAUUUUAUCAAUUAUUGGUUUUGAAAUCUUACCAACUAUGAAUAUCCUUACCAAUUUAUUAUAGUUGUUGUUGGUGUUGUUCUUGGUAUUAAGUCAUAAUAAUUAGUUAGUGAAAUUGGUCCAUUUUCCAUCUUACUUUGGGAUGACCCUUUCAAUGUAGAAUCUACCCUUUUCUAGUAACUUAGUCAUAUUCUUGUCCCUAUUGCUUCUGUUGUACUACAUUUUGAAUUUAAACCUGGGGCCAAAGUAAUAACCCUUAAACUAGUGGAGUAUUGUGCAAAGCAAUUAUGUAGAUUUUAAUGAUAUUGUUUUUCAGGCUAACGCCAUAAAUUUUGCAGUAUGUAGUUCAGUAAAAUUGUGUACUUCAUUGCAGAGGAUCUUGCUGAUAAAGAUGUUUAAAUAUUCUUUAAUAAUUCAGGUUGUAUAUGAGGAUCUAACCAUGGUGCACCUUUCAUCACCUUAUGUUCCAGAAUAUCUGGCUUUCAGAGAAGUUGAAUUCCUUGUUAAUUGUGUCUCCAGACUGCUGAAGAGUAAACCAGAACUGGUUCCUCAGGUCAUUUUAGUUGAUGGAAAUGGAAUGUUACAUCCAAGAGGUUUGAUUAUUAUUUCUUGAAAAAGUGGUGUUGAAACUUCCAAUUAUGCCAAGUGAAGGUGUGCUUAUCCCAAGUCUGUUCAAGAGAAUUAAUAAAUCUAUGACUUUAACUACAUCACCUGUAUCAUAACCAUAGUUAACGAGGCCUUGUAAGGGUAAAAUUCUGACAAGUGAUAUGGCCUUGAAAAAGUGAUAUAAGACUAGACGAAAAGGCAACAAACAACAUAAAGAUGGGUUAAAUACUGACAGGGGCAUGGCUUACUCGUCAAAACUUAUUGGAAAUUCAGACUAUUGGUAUAUCCCCCCCCACCCCCGUAAAGUCAAGAGGGCCUCGUUAAUAGGACAACCUUAUCGAAUUCUCUCUUGAGGACUUGAGAGGGCUUAAAAAACCAAUCCUUGUUGGACAACAUGUUCUGUUAUACUGCAAAUUAGGAAGUCCCUUGACAGAGUGAGCUUGUGUCAAGGAGUUCAUCCCAGUACUUUCAAUAACGACAGACUGACAGUAACUGUGACUCAGGCUUAUUGAAUAAGCCAGUCAUUUAAGGCCAGUCAUUUAAGGCCCAUCUUUGUUUGUGGAACUUCAUAAUACUCUGUUACAUUUUGUUUAGAAGAUUAAUAUUGUAAUGACCACUUUCCUGGUCACAGCCACCCAAUCCACCACUAGUAGCCAGUUAUUGAAAAGUUAUAAUUGAAACCGCUGCAGUUUUCGAGUAUAUUAUAUUGAAAGGCCUGUUUCAACUCCAUAGUUUUCCAACUAGCGCAUUGUUGGUAGUAUGAUUUACUUGUUUAUGUUGGUUAUGACUAGGGUUUGGAAUUGCUUGUCACCUGGGGGUACUGACAGGCAUCCCUACAGUAGGUGUGGCCAAGACUCUUUUCCAUGUUGAUGGGAUUCAGCGAGACUCCCAACAUGCUGACCAGGUCAGGACUAGUGAAUGUGUUACAGGACAAAAUUAAAUUUAGGUUUAUAAAGAUUUGGUUUAAAAAAGUCAUUGGUUUAUUAAACAAUUUUCUCUGGGGUGACCAGUUAAUGCUGAAAUUUGUUUUUUCUCAUGUUGUCAAUAAAUUAUUGGAAGUAAUCAUUGGUUUGCUUCCUUUAUCAACAGAUCAAAAACCUUCUCAAAACUAGCGGAGAUAGCUUUCCUCUUCAAGGCUCUUCUGGUACAAUAUGGGGCAAGGUAAAUUUCUUUAGCUUCAUUUUGCAAUAAAUUAUAUGGAAGAAGUGUGGAAAAUAAGGCCAUGCAUAAGUUAUUGAUUUUUCUUUUAGAAAACCACAAGGUUAACUGUGGGAUAAUUCAGCAUAUUUUGAUUUCAUUUUAGGCUCUAAGGAGUACUCACAGAUCAUGUAACCCUAUCUAUGUGUCGGUUGGGCAUAAGAUAGGCCUGGAAACAGCUGUUAGACUGACACAUGCCUGCUGUCAAUACAGAAUUCCAGAACCAAUCAGACAAGUAAGAAUUGUGUAAUUGAAAAUACUGGAACUAACUGUCAUACAUUUUACUUAUGUAAGAAAGAAGCAAUGUUUGUGGAAGUGGGAUAAAGAUUUUCUGGCCAGAUCGUCAGCUUCAGGACACUGUAUCAGAGAUAAAGGGGGUGGGGGGAUAUGUCAGUUUAUUAGCUGGUAAAAAGUGAGGAAAAUAAUAGUUUAUUAGUAGUAUGUGAAGGCAAAAAUUUAUUCCCUUCAUUUCUGUAUUAUGCAAAUAUAUUGCUGCACAAACUUGCUAAGGGAUAUGUAGAAUACACCAAGUAUCCUUAAUUGCUGAGAAGGAUAAGAAAAUUUUGUCUACCACAAUCAUUUUUUGUCUUUCAGGCAGAUAUUAGGUCACGAGAGUACCUCAGACAGCAUUACAUGGAAGAAUUAAAAAGCUGUUCAUGUAAAAAAGACACUACUAUUAACAGUGAAAUCUCAACAGUGGAAAAAGAUCAGCAGGGAAAUGGUGAGAGUCAUCUAGAAGAGCUGCAGCAAUCAUUUUGA